AUUCUGGGCCACUGGUGGAUUGUGUCUGUCCUCAGGGCUAGAUGGGAAACUGGAGUCCAGAUGGGGAAAGGUCUGGAAUGUGGUAGUGUCCUGGUCCUCCUCUCAACAUUCCUUGGGCUCCCAAGUGAGGGGUGCUUUAUUGAGGUCCUACCCUCCCCGCACUUGGGGUUUGGGGCAGGAGUCAAGGCAGGCUUCCUGGAGGAAGAACUGGGGAGGAGGGGCAGAACCACCAAAGGUGCCCCUGGGGACAGUGGAAACUGUGAGGAGUCCCUCGGGUCCAAGACUCUCCGGCUGGUCGGGCUGGUUGGCCCUGUGCCCCUAGGCGGGGUGGUUGCAGCUCCGAGGCUUCCUGACGCCUGCGAGCAGGACAGUCUUAAGGGCCAGACUUGGGCGCAAAGGGGGACUCUUGGGUCCGCCCUCCGGCCCUGGCUCCUGGGCGGGGCUGCACCUGCCGCCGCCGGGCUCGUCGCCGCUGCGCACCUGGCCCAGGUGAGACGGCCCGUCCCCGCGGUCGCGCGAGCCCCAGCUCUUGGCUGCAGGAGGAGAGACCCGGAACCAGGUGACUUCGCGUACUCCCACAGCAGCCCCGCCGCCCGGCGUGAGCCUGGGCACUCAUCCUCGGACACCAUUCGAACCCCAGGCUGGUCCUCUGAGGCAGGCCUGGCUGAGGGGAGGCCCGCAAUGUGUGUGGGCAUGGACCCUCAAGACUGUGCUUCACCGGGGGGCUUCUGGAAGGAAACCCCUCACCACUUCCCCGGCUGAUGCUCCCCAGUUCCCAAGGAGAUCCCAUCCCAGCCAAACCCAGGGCUUCUGGCUGUGGCAAGGCGGGGCCAGCAGCCUCUGACCCGUUCUGGUGCCCUGACUGACCAUCCACAAAGACAGAGAGUGAGUCUCGCCCGGCCCCCCGGGGGACUCGUCUGC